AUGGAUUUUACAAAUUCUAGUUUAAUUAUUCAACGAUUAGAAAAUUGUUCUAAUGAUCCUUUAAAUAAUUUAGAUAAUAUAGUGAAUCAUUUGAAGCGGAUUAUUUAUGCAACUCAAAGUAAUUUAGCAGAGACUUUAGGACAAGAAUCUCAGUUCUGGAUAGUUACAACAAAACUUUGGGACUGGACAAGUGAAAGGUUGUUAAAAGACGAACUUUCCGUUUUGCCUAUAAUAUCAGAGUUAGUUCGACUUUUUCGGAAUAUUGUAGCAGCAGUUUUAGAAAAUCAAAAUCAAGCCUUGAACCAAAAAUGGAAUGAAAUUACAGAGAAAAUUUUAUGGUAUUCCAUGCUAAAAUUUGAUGAUAAUAGAUUCGUUCCGAUAUUAAGGUUUGGAUCGCAAGCAUUAUCCAAUGUUAUAACAGGGAACGUUGAUGCUCAGGAAAUUAUUUGGUCAGAUUUUAUGAAUCGAACUGAACCUAAUGAUAUUUUAAGUACGCUUGUUAAUUGUGAAGACUGUGUUGUGUUAACGAGUGUUUUAGUCCUCGUGUAUAAUUGCAUACAUGAAAACGAAUUCCGAAGUAAGACUUUAAUCGAGUCACAUUCGGGCAUACGUUUUUUAAAACUUUUAUUAGAGCGCGCAGAUACUCUCCUUGAAGAUGAAAGUUCCCAAAAUUUUGAACUAAUGUACGCAUUAAUUUCACGUUUAAUAGACUUUGGUUUUUUCCCAUCACUUUAUGAUUCAUUAAAUCACCCAUCAAUACAGGUUCCAACACGACACCAAAUUAUACUUCUAAAAAUUCUUGAUUCGGGUUUUUUUUCAUCAUCCUUAAAGAUCAAUGAAACUUCUAUUUCCUUAUGCACUCGUAUCGUAAAAGGCUUCAACUCAAUUUGCCCUCGAGUAAUAUACAUAAUGCAACAAGCUGAGAAUAAUUCCGUAGUGAUGGAGAAUUCUCAUUUAUUAUAUACCGCAUUAGUAUUAUUUCUGCAAUGCAUUGGAAAAUUGAGUCAGGAAGGAGAUAGAGAAAUGUGCGAGUGUUUGUUUAAAGAAGGGAUUAUAACUUCUAGUAUUUCACUUUUGUUUCAAGCAGACAAGACACUUCCACGUAUGACUAACGCAACAACCCUUGUGACACAAACACAUCAGCAGGCCUCUUCGGAUUUCAAAUUUGUCAAAAGAGACAUUGUCAAAAUAAUAGGAAAUAUGGCUUAUGAAAACAAGAUCGUUCAAGAUGAAGUUCGUGAGUUAGGUGGAAUUCCUUUAAUAUUAAAUCAAUGCAAUAUUGAUGACAAUAAUCCAUAUAUUCGGGAAUAUGCAAUCUUUGCUUUACGAAAUCUUUUAAUUAAUAAUCCCGAGAAUCAAAAACUUGUUGAACAGCUUACACCAAUCGAAACAGUACAACAUCCGGCCCUACAAGAUGUUGGUAUUAUGACAGAACUUGGACAAGAUGGAAAAAUAAAAUUUUCGAUUGACCCAUCAAAAAAUGGCCGAAAAUAA